UACAGUUCUUCAAUAUGAUGAUGAAUAUAUUAAUGUGUUGUGCUGGGGUGCUGAAGCUUUAAGAGUAAGACCAAAACGAAAAAAUAGAAAACAAAAUAGUAAACCCGUUGAAUUGUUCAAAUUAUACCUGGGUGACUUGCCAGAUAACUUAAAACCAAAACUUCCAAUUGAUUACAAAAAGGCUAUUACUGAUUAUCUUAGAGAAAUCGGAAAGUUAAUUAAAGAAAAUAUUAGUCGCAAUUGGCAAGGAAUUGACUACUUUAAAAAUGUAUUGUUAGUACUUACAAUUCCUGCAGAAUAUUCAGAAACAGACAAGGUUAUUAUGAGACAAUGUGUAUAUAAUGCGAACCUCAUUGAAGAUAUAUACUCAGGAAAACUACAAUUUGCUACAGAAUCCGAAGCUACUGCAAUAUAUUGUUUGAAAGAUUAUUUUAAAUGUGGAAUAGGAGAGACAUUUAUGUUUGUUGACUGUGGUAAAUGCACUACAGAUUUGACUACUCGUAAGUUACUAGUUGAAAAUCGUUUAGAUAAAGUUACAGCACGCAUUAGAGACUUCUGUGGAAGUAAAUUGAUUAAUGAAGAAUUUAUUAAAUUUUUACGUGAAAGACUUGGAACUUGUGCCAUAGAUCUAUUGAAAGAAAAUAAUUAUAAACAAUUACAAUACAUGGUCAAAAAUUUCUAUCAACAUAUAAGUAUUUUUACAGGCGAUGAUAAGGCGUUUCAAUAUGAACUAGACAUUGAAGUAGCUCCAAUUUUGCUACAGUAUGUCAGUGAAGAAAUUAAGGAAACCAUGGAAGAAAUUGACUGGGUAAUUGAAAUUAAAUAUAAUGACAUAAAAAAAAUAUUUGAUCCAGUUGUUGAUAGAAUUAUUCGUUUAAUACAUAUACAACUUUUAAAUAAUAAAGAAAAUUGUUCAACAAUAUUUUUAACUGGGGAUUUUUGUGUAAACAAAUAUUUACAAAAUAGAAUAAAAAAUGAAUUUAGUCAUCAAGUGAAAGAUAUUUUAGUUCCUGCUUUACCGGAAGCAGCAGUUGCACGUGGAGCUGUAAUUUAUGGAUUAUCAACUAUGUACGAUAGGUUAAAAUGUGUUAUUUCUUCGAGACUCCUUAAAUAUACUUAUGGAGUUCAAUAUUACUGGAAAAGUAGUGAUGAUCUUACUCAUGAUGGAAAAAAUUGUAAAUUUAAGACUUUAGUCAAACGGGACACUGAAAUUACACCUGAUCAAACUUUUUCCUUCAAUUUUAAACCUGAAUCUAAGCAGAUAAGUGAAAGUUUUGCAAUUUACUAUACACAAAAGCACAAUAUAGAAGGGUACUGUGAUGAACCAGGAGUAAACAGACUUGGGAUAUUAAAUAUUGACCUUUCAGACGUACAACUUGAUUGUAGAAGUAUUAUUUUCGGACUAACCUUUGGUAAAGAUGAAAUUAUUGCUCUUGCAAGGAAUGAACUUAAUAGACAAGAACAUAUGGCUACUUUUUGUUAUCCAGAUGAUGAUUUUUAAUUUUACUGUAUAAAUAAUUCAAUUAUUUCAUAUUUGGCUAUAAGAUAAUUUUUAUUAUAAAUAAGUUUUCGAUUAGAAUAGUACUUAUAAUUGGUUUAUCAAAUAUUUAAGUUACACAUAUAUAAUAUAUAUAUACACAAUGUAUCUGGU